AUGGAUUUCCAACACACGAAAGGGACCUUCGAGUUGGCGGGAAAGCAGUUCCCGCGCGUGACUUGGUACAAGCAGAAGGGAAUGCGGAGUCUGUACAUUUGCCUGUUGUUCGUCGUCCUCACUUCCGCCACAAAUGGAUACGAUAGUUCGAUGAUGAAUGGCCUCCAAAGUCUGGAUCAAUGGCGAGAUUAUUACCACCAGCCGUCCCCGUCGCAACUCGGGCUUCUCAAUAGUAUAUGGGCUGUUGGCUCUCUCGUCGCUUUACCUGUAGUCCCGUACACCGCAGAUAUGUUAGGGAGGCGGACGGGCGUGAUGGUCGGAUGUUCAAUCAUGCUGGGUGGUGUUGCACUUCAGAGUCUUGGGUUCACGUUUGCGAUGUUUGUCAGCGCUCGAUUCUUCCUGGGCUUCGGCGUCGCUAUUGCCCACGGAUCGUCGCCUCUCUUGAUCACCGAACUGGUUCACCCUCAGCAUCGCGCAAUCUACACCGCAAUCUACAACACCACUUGGUAUAUGGGAAGUUUUAUGGCUGCGUGGCUGACAUUCGGCACAAGCAAGAUCCAAAGCACCUGGGCGUGGAGAACACCCUCCUUGGUACAGGCCUUGCCAUCUUUGUUGCAAAUGGGCUUUAUUUGGUUCGUCCCCGAAUCACCCAGGUGGCUUAUCUCCAGAGGAAAGAAUGAGAAAGCGUUGCGGAUCCUGGCCAAUGCCCAUGCGGAGGGGAACAAAAUGGAUGAAGUAGUACAACUUGAGUACCAAGAGAUCCGCGGGACCCUGAAGCUCGAACAAGAGCUCGAAGGUAACAAGUGGGCCGAACUUUGGAGAAAACCCGGCAACCGCCAUCGUCUUAUCAUCUUGGUCUCUCUCGGUUUCUUCUCACAGUGGUCUGGCAACGGACUCGUCAGUUACUAUAUCCACAACGUCCUAAACCAGAUCGACAUCACAGGUUCUACUCAACAACUGAUCAUUAAUGGUGUCCUACAGUUUACCAACAUUGUCGUUGCCGUAGGCAUGUGCUUUUUCGUCGACCGACUUGGCCGUCGACUGCUCUUCUUGAUAUCCACGUGUGGCAUGUUCGUUUGUUUCCUGACCUGGACGGUUUGUUCAGCACAGUUCGAGAUCAAUCACUCGAAAUCGUCGGCGAAUGCGGUCGUUGUCAUGAUCUUCCUCUACUAUGUAUUCUACAACACCGCUUGGUCUGGAUUGCUGGUCGGCUAUGCCGUUGAGAUCUUGCCUUACAAUAUCCGCGCAAAGGGCAUGACUGUUAUGUUCCUCGCCAUCGAUCUUUCCCUGUUCUUCAAUCAGUACAUUAACCCAGUCGCACUGGACAGGCUGAGAUGGAAGUAUUAUAUCUUCUACGACAUCUGGCUUCUCUUUGAAAUCUUCAUCAUCUGGAAGUUCUAUAUCGAAACCCGAAACACUCCGCUGGAGGAAAUUGCGAAGCAUUUCGAUGGAGAAGGCGCCAUCAUCGGCGGCAGGGGAGCGAACGAGAAAUUAAGGCAGAUUGUGGAAGAGAUCGAGAAUGCUGGGGCGCUCCCCGAUGAGUGCACUGGGGAUGUAGCAGACGAGAAGGUUGUCCCGCACGGUACACCACGGGGCCCAAAGGUUGACGUUUAG